AUGUCGACGCCAGGGGCCGUGGCAGGUCUCGAGACUUUCGACUCGCUCAACAUCGACUAUGAGAAAGCUUACCACAACAACCCAUACAAGAUAGCGUGCAUCAAGAAAGCCAUCACUCUCAUCAAACCAGGAUCACGUGUUUUAGAUGUCGGCUGCGGGACAGGGGUUCCUGUCUCUGACACUUUAUCCAAAGCUGGUUUGGACGUGGUUGGAUUCGACAUCUCACCAAAGAUGGUAGACCUUGCCCAGAGCAGGGUUGCAGGAACAUUCACGGUCUCAGACAUGCUGCGGUAUCAGCCAGGAGGGACAUUUGCUGGAGUCUUCAUCAUCUUUGCAACCUUGCAGCUUUCAUACGCCGAUUUCCAUACGGCGGUCUAUAAAUUUGCAAACGUCCUGGAUCCUGGAGGGAUCCUCGCUCUGGGGCAGAUGCCUGGCGACAAUUAUGUGAAGGACGAAUCGCACUGGGAUAGUACCAGGACCUACGUUGAGGACUACGAUGCACCAUUCAUGGGAGAGCCACUGCCUACCUUCAUGUUGAGUGCGCAAGGGCAGAGAGAUUUCCUGACUUCCAUGGGCUUAGAGAUUAUCAGUGAAACAAUAGAUGCUUUCCAGCCCGACAAUCCGAAGUGUGAUCCUGAAGACCAGCAGUAUAUCAUUGCGAGGCGACCAACUGCCGAGUCACUAGCACUCCCCAGACCACUUCCUAAAGAUGCGACCACAGGGGUCUGA